AUGUUGCCCAUCAUAACCAUGCUGUUCGUCUUGCUGGGCCUGGUUCGGGCCCAGCCUUGGCUUUCGCCGGAUUUCCCGGUUCGUCUAAUUGACGACACCAUUGAUCAUAUGACAUCCAGAUUAUUGCCGGAGGCCACUGUCUGUCGAUAUUGUCUGUGCGAUCGUCAUACGUUGACGGUGACUUGUGCGUCGGCCAAAUUAAGACUAAAGACGCUGAUCUUACCUCAAUGGGCCGAGAUCUUCCAUGCUUACAAUGUGUCGGUCCCCGAGUUCCCUCAUUUUACUUAUCAUCCGGGACUAAAGGUAAGCCAGACAAACCGCGCAUUACUUAUCUUAAAAGCAGGGCCAGAGGUCAUGUUUUCCGUUUUUCCUACCAUAACCUUCGUGAAUAAUGUAUAAAACAUCAUGCGGUUUGUAUUGCAGGUGCUUCGCAUCAACAAUUGUCAUCUGAAGCACCUCCAUCCCCUUUCAUUCAUCCCAUUGCCCAAUUUGGAGACGGUUCAUUUGACUGACAAUGAGAUCAGCUCUCUUCCGGAGACGUUGUUCAGGAGACUGGUUCACCUGAGAAUAAUUAAUCUGGCCAGGAACAAAAUCAAUAAUCUCGAUGAUUUGGAAUGGUCAUUGCCUGAGGGGCUGAUUCUAGAACAACUUCAUUUGGAUGGGAAUCCAAUAAAAUUGGGGAAAUCCGAGAGCUCAAUCCAUUCAUGGCCAAGAACAAGACAAUUAAAUCUGGCCAACGCCAAUGUUAUGCAUGUCAAUUCAACUCAUGUCAUUUUCCAAGUAAGAUCUUCCUUGAAAUCGUUGUAUUGUCUGUACCAUAAGUAUUGACUCUAAUUAUCUUCAGGAUUCCCCCUUAUGCCUCCAAGAAGCUUGUCGGGCCCUGAGGCUAUCCCCAAAAGUCUGGGAAGUGAUGCAUUCCCUUGAUCUCUCCGAAAACUCCAAAAUUCAUCUUCAUCCAUCGGCGUUUGAAUCCUUGACUAACCUCAGUUCUCUUCGGCUUGCUGGUUGUCCAUUAUCUGACAAUAUUCUGACUUGGCUUGACUCCCCGACCAACCGAAUCCGCCAUCUCGACCUUAAUGAUGCAAGAUUUGAACUUCAAAUCAAAGAAUGGCGAUUCUGCGCGCCUUCCUUGGAAUGGCUGGAUAUCUCCGGGAUCGGGAUCUCUUCUCUCAAAGUCCAACCCAAAUGCUCUAACCUUCAAUGGUUAUACGCGGAGAGGAAUAAUUUGGAAAGAGCCGAGAUCAAGUCCCAUUCUUUGGUGGGGAUCCAUCUCCGAGGGAAUAAACUUCAAAUCUGGCCAUUGCCAAUUGGCCAAGACGCUUUGCCCUUCAGCAGAUUGACGUAUUUGAGUUUGUCGGAUAAUCUAAUGGACACAGUGCCUCCUCACGCUCUCCAUUCCCUUCCUCAACUGGAGAUCUUGGACUUGUCCAAUAACCGGCUGACCUCUCUUCCUCGUUCCGCAAUGCCGACGAUGGAAUUGAAGCUUCGGAGUCUGAAUGUUUCAGACAAUUUCCUCGAAGAAUUCAAACCGCCGAUCCUGCCGUCUCUGGCCGUCCUGGAUUUGAGCAGUAACAACUUAAAUAUGAUCGACAACGACUUCUGGAUCUCGUUGCCGCUUCUUCAACGUCUUCAUUUAGCAGGAAAUCCCCCUCAAAUGUUAGUGGAUUGGGAGUCGACAGCCAUCCGACAUUCCACUCAACUAAUGGAGCUCGAUUUAUCGAAUAUGGGACUUCAUGAAAUCCCUGUACUAAGUCAGCUAAAGCAUCUGAGGUCGUUGAGGUUGGACUCGAAUAAGAUCUCGUUUUUGGAUGGCUCGAGACUGCCAAAAUGUCUGAUGAGUCUGAGCAGUCGCGGCAACUUUAUCCAUCUUUUGGGCAACUUUAGCGAGGACCAAUUCUCAUGUCUCAAAGAGAUGGAUCUGGCCAGGAACCCGUUGAAAUGCGACUGCUCGUUAGCCUUAUUGUCGCCGAUUUUGGAACAUCAGGCCGGGUAUACGGUAAGUUUCCGAAAUUUUAUUUUUUAUCAUCUUUUUCUGAGUAGAACACUGUUAUAAGACGGGGAUAGUAAACAAUGUUUUCGAGGACCCUGUUGCGAGAAAAUAAAGGACCCAUCAAAGAAAUGCCAUCUCGGAUUAUGACAUUCCUACUUCCGUUACUUUAUACUAGCCCAUCGGAGGGGGCCAUAAAAAACAUAAUAUCGAGUUUUAUGCUUGAUGCACAUUACUUCCUUACUACAGUAAAAAAGAGAAAUUUUGAAGUUUUGAAAGUAAAAAAAUUGUUUCCAUAAUGGGUAGUCUUCAAAAAUUAUCGUAUAUAUUGGCUGGAUUUGCAAAGAUCGGGCUAAAACUUUGAGAGAUGGAGAUGUGGUCUAUAUACAGAAACCGUGCCAUAUACAGCAGCCACAAAGUCUAAACAAAAACCGAGCCUUGCCCUCUAUGAAAUUAGCAUCUAAGAUUUCCUAACUUAACCAUCCCAAAUUUUAAUACAAACACUUUCCAGGACCGAAGUGAAUAUUACUGUUUCUCGGAUAACUGGCAACAUCCCCUCAGGGCAUAUGUGGAAAGCGCCAGAUUCUGCCAAGAUCAAUCGGAUGAAGACCGCUUUACUCCGCUGUUACUCAACUUUAUGGGGAUCUUAACCGUUUUCAUUGUUUUGGCUGGUCUCGCCGUCUUUUUAAUGUUCCGAUUCUGCGCGGUUCUCAGUAAAAGAGUGAUGCCUUUUGCUUACAAACCAGUGCUUCAGUCUGAUCUGAUUGUAGACUUGUAA